GGACAUUGGAAGGCGGAAAGUUAAGGUCAAGGAGAGCAGGUUGGGCGUUUUACGAAACUCAGCACUGAGAGCUGAUUUUCCAGUAGUACUUGCUUCCGCAGUACAUCUAACAAAUAAUACUAAAAAUGUGGCAGGAAGCACGCAAGCAAGAAAAGCACAUUAAGACCCUGAUGGUUGAUUAUAAGAGAAGGGCAGAGAGAAGAAGAGACUAUUAUGAGCGUAUUAAACAGGAUCCCAUUAAGUUCUUGCGUGUUUUUGGCAGGAGUUCGAAGCUUCAUUUGGACUCAGAAGUGACAAAAGCUGCUGAAAACCCAAACAACAUGAUGCCGUGGAUCGGUGAUCCAUCUAUCAUGAUCGAUCGCUUUGAUGUUCGAGCUGGUCUAGAAAAUUAUGAUACACAAGCACCUGAAGACAUCAAACUGUCAUCAACAGAAAGAAUUGAAGCAAGAUUAUGCAACUAUGAACGUUAUCGUUGUCUCAUCCAUAAUGAAUUUGCAUCAGUUACGGAGGCGAUGGCACUGAAACAAAUUGAAAUGGAUGAAAAGUAUGGUGACUUAGAAAAACGUCGAAAAGAAGACGAAGAAGCUGCAACAAAAAAGACUCAAGAAUCAAAAUCCGCUAUAGGAUUUGUAUAUGAGGACAGUACUUGUCCCCCACAGAUUUCUAUGUCGCAUACUACACCUGCACUUGAAGAUGACAGUGGUUCAGAAGAUGAAGCUGACAGUGAUAUGGAUAUUGAUGUUGAAUUGGAUGCGAGUACACUGACAAGUGAAGCACGUCGUCAACUAGCCAAAUCUGCUGCUUUAUUCGGUUUGCAUCCAACUGAUUUUGUACGUCUGUUAAAUGCCGAUCAACAACUAGAAACUGAGCUACGCUUAGCCAAAGCUUUAGAAGAUGAAAAAUUACAAUUAUCUGGUCGUAAAUCUCGACGUUCUAGACGUAUACUGAGAGAACGUCGAGCUCAAGAGAAGUUUCCUCGGUUACUGACUACAAAGAUUGGUCUUUUGAACGGUCAACCAAUAUCAAGACGGACUGUCUACCUAUCUGCCAGCUCAUCAGAUUCUGCUGAAUAUCCAUCCGAUGUAGAAGAACAAGAUUUUUCAGGUAUUGUCUACGGUAGUCCCACUUCAAAGGCAGCAACCAUCCGUGAUCAGAGAGCACGUGCUAAACCAGUACUUUCAAAUGCUCGUGGACCUGCUGUCCAUAUUGGCGGGAUGACAUCGAUAAGUUUAUGUCGCAGAAAUUAUAAACAAUCAAGUCAUGAUAAUCAGUCGAAAUAUCGAGCAUCAUCCGGGAGGACUUCAAGCAGCAGCAGUAGUGGUGGUGGCGGUGGUGGUGGAAGCCGUCGAAGUCGACGAUUUUCUUCCAGUUCAUCAAAUAGGUCAUUUUCGAAUCGGGGUUCACGUAGUAGAAAUCGUCGUCCUAAACAGCACUCUCGUGUGGAAUACAUAACUACAUUUGGUGAUAAUGAUGACAAUUUAGAUGAUCAAACGGGCAAUGGUGGAAAUAAUCAGUCCAAAACAAAUGCACAGACAACAUUUGAUCGUGGAUGUGGAUUAUUCGGUGCAAAUGAUAGUAAACCUCCGGGAUCUGCUGCAUCUGCUGUUGCAGCUUCUGUUGUUUCAAAACUCCUCAGUUCAAAGCAAACCUCUGAAAUGCAGAUAAAAAGUAGUUCUGAUAACACGUCUCGUCAAAGUACAAUCAGAAAAAACUCUCGGACUCGUUCACCUCCGAGAUGCAGUGAUCGACGGAGAAGACAACUUUCAAAAAGUCGCUACCGUUCAACUUCAAGAUCUCGGUCUAGUAGCCGCCGAUCCCAUAGUUCCCGUGGCAGCAGAAACCGCAGAAGAGAUCACAGUCGAAGUCGACGUAGUAACAGUAGCAGAGAUUAUAGGGGUUGUUAUCGGGGAUACAGACGUGGUUCAGGCCGAUACAGAUCAAGACGCAGGUCCUCUUCAUCAAGAAAAUCAUAUUCUAGUUCCAGUACUUCAGUAGAUAAUGAAAAAGCCAAUUAUAGUCGGAAUCGUACUCAAAAUUCAUUAGGUGAAACAGAACAAACAGCUUUAACAAAACAACCUUCACCUCCAAUCCGUAAACGAUACUAUCGACCUGAGUUGGAGUCAGCUGAUGAAUUAGAAUUUUCAGAUGAAGAUAAAGAUGAUGAUGCUGAGAAUAAUAAUAACAGUAACAAUCAGAAGGAAUCAUCCAAAUCUUCAGAAAAUAUUUCAGGAAGGCGUCAAUCAACCUCAUGGAAAUUGGAUUCCAGUUCUUAUGGUUGUGGUGAUUACGCGGGUAAGAUGAUGACGUCUCAACAGUCAGCAAUCACGACUGGUGUUAGUGGUCCUAGUCCCAGUCCCGGUCAUGUUUUAAAAUGUUCUACCACUACUGGAUCAACACCUCGUCUUAUGCCACAAGAAUUAUUAAAACGUCGUGUACAAUCACAACUUACUAAAGCCUUUAACGCUGAUAAAAAGGCUGAAAUGGAGAAACAACUUCAAUUGGAAGCAGAACGUCAGGCUCGUGAAGAAAGUCUUCGUCAACAGGCUCGUUUACUAAGACGUCAAGAGGAGAAACGAUUACGUGCUGAACGACGUGCUAUGGCUUUAGAAUUAGGCUCAGUUCUUGGUGAUGAUGAUGAUGCUGAUAUUACAGACUCAUCGUCUGUUUCUUCGUCCAACGCUUCAAGCAGUCGGCAUCGAAGUAGUCGAGUACAAAGCAGUAGGCGGUGUGAAUUCUCACCAAUUCGUCGUAGAACAACAUCAGUUUAUUCUACCUAUGAUGCAUCUACUGGUCGAAGAUAUUCCCCUCCAAGUUUUACACGUAGUCGAUCACGAACAGAUACAGAGAAAAAAGGACUUUUAGGCAGUCCAUCCUCUGGUAGUAGAGAUGAUAGACUACCAUCACCACCACCGCCGCCGGUGUCUUCUUCAAAUCCACGUUCAUCUUUCAAUGACUCAUCAAACUGGAAACGUGAUGUUCAAGGAUCUGCUUCAAGAGAUCGAACCGGUAACUCUUUACUCGGCAGCCCUGUUCAAUGUUCUUAUUAUAGUGCAAGGGAAAUGUCACUACAAAGUCCUAGUAGUUCCCGGCCGGAUAGACGCUAUAAUUCCUACAGAUCUUCUCUAUCAUCACGCGAUUCAGGACAAUAUUCUACGACUACUACUACUGAUAAUUCGUACAGACCGAAUCAUCAAUCCUCUUACAGACGUUCAGGUGUCGGUGAAUCACAAUCGAAUCGGUCAGUGUCAAGUCGAGUAGACACUUCCCACUCCACUCCAAUUAAAGACGAUUACCAACAUCGUGAUAACAGAGAGAACAAUAAGCGUAAUAAUACUAGUUUUAGUAGUAAUAGUAAAUAAAUAAACAAAUAACAGUUAUUGUUGCUAUUAUUUACUCUUAGAGAAUUGUAUAUCUACGCUUGACUACUGCUAAUCGAAUUGAUAAUUUAAUGUUUCAUUGUGAUGACUGUUCCCCCCCCCUUCUCCCCGUCCCGUCCCGUUCCUCCCUCUACUCUCUUAUUUCUUCAUUUGUCAGCACCAAAUGCAGAUCAUAGAUAGAUAGAGCUAGCUCUUCUGGCUAACUAUUCUUUCAUGUUUAAAUAUAUAUGUAUUAUACUAUUGCUAUAACUAUUAUUAUCAGUAGUGCUGGCGGUGGUGAUGGUACCAUCGUGUUCCUGCUAAUGUCCUCUUCACUACCAUAUUAAUAAUAAUAAUAGUACCAUUAUUAUUAGUGUACAAUCCGUCUACUGCCCUAUUGUUAUUAAUAUUAUUAUUCAUUUGUUCCCUUAUCAUUGUAUAAAGUUCAUUUCCUUCUAAUACUUGCUGUCUUUUUCAACACUCAAUGAUUAAAAAUAAAUAUAAACACAUAAAUUCGUA